AUGCAUGUCCACGUUCUGCUAGGCCUUGGCCUUUUGGCCGAGACUGCUUUAGCAAUUCCCUACCCUGCUUCGAAGAAAUGUUCGACUGAAGUAGUCACCGAGAUUGUCACCGCCAGUCCAGUGCUGGUAGCAGACGUGACCCCCCUCGUCCUCGUGUCGAGCUCGAGUGAGACUACUUCCACUGAUGAAACAGUACAAGAAGAUGAUAAGGGCCAAAACACUACGGAUACAACCCCUGGAAGAGUAGCCUUCUCAACCUCUGUACUUGUAGAUACACAGACCGUAUUCCUUACAGAUAUGCUCUCGGAUUCUACAACCACCUCGAUCACAGUCACCCAAUCGUCAACCCUCUUGGUUUCAGCUACUUCAACUCUGAGCACUACCUCGACAGUGUUAGAGACUAGUGCAGCUUCUACCACAGUAACGUCUAUCGUCAGUACAACUGACACAGCCCUCCUUACCUCGACCAUUCUUACUACCGAUGAGGCCACUACUACCUCGACCGUAUUGGAGACUAGGGUGGCUUCUACCACAGUAACAUCUAUCGUUAAUGCAACUGACACAGCCCUUCUCACCUCGACCAUCCUUACUACAGAUCAGGCCACUACUACUCAGACAGAGGUUGUGACUUCGACUGUAGAUGCCACGUCGACUAUCCUUCUGACAGACGUUGAAUCUACAACUUCGACUGAACUCGUUACCUCUAAUGUAACAAAUACAGUGUUCUUUAUGGAUAGGUCAACUGCUACUGUAGUCGAAAGUGUUACUUCAACUGUCAACGCUACUCAGACCAUUUUUUCAACUGAUGUCGAUUCCAUCACCACCACCGAGACCGCCACAUCGACAUUGUUUGUAACCGCUUCUACUGCGACUACUGAGACAGACGUUACCACUUCGACAAACGUUGUAACAUCUACUGUCAGCAUUACAGAGACUGUAUUGGUCACAAAUCCCGUUACCACUACUUCAACUGCUGUUGUCACCUCAACAACCGUCGUUAGCUCUACUUCAACUGUCUUUAUCACCGACUCUGUCGAUACAACGCAGACGGAAACUGUGACAUCGACUGCGGUUGUCGAGUCUACGUCUACCAUCCUUACUACCGCCGUUGCCUCCUCUACUGUCACAGAGACUGCAACUGUUACUUCGACUUCGGCAAUCAAUUCCACUUCCACUAUCUUGAACACUGUCCCCGAGACAGUGACCACCACCGAGACUGACGUUACCACUGUCGCGUCAACUAUCUCUACUACACAGACUGUGGUCUCCGAAACUACAUCGACUACACUCACAACUGACACAACAAUCAGUACCGGCGUUGUCUCAACCACCGAGGUAGCGUCAACUACGGUGACGGGUACUUUAUUCGUUAUUGGUUCAAAUGUCGACUCGUCAACCACCACUUCCACUGUAAUUACUACCAUCACUACCACAGUUUCCGACUCGGAAACAACUCCAGAGGCUGUCACCCUCGUCACGGCUACAGUCACUCAAGUCUCUACCACUACAGUCGCUUCGGAACAAGCCAUUUCUUCCCCAGCUCUUGCAAAGAGGCACGUCAAGGUGUUCCCAGUGGUCCCUGGCCGAAGCAUUAGAAUGAAAGGCCCCGGAAAAAGAGCUCAAGCUGAAGCUGCAGCUACUUCUGCCUCGGGUCCUCCCCAGGGCGUCAAGUCCACGAACGAAACUGCUACCAGAGUUGCCCCUGCCUCCGAGUCUGCACUGUCCAACACUUCAAUCUUGACCAGUACCACUGCCACUGUUUCUAUUCAGGAUUCUCCUGCUUCUUCCUCUAUUUCUCCCCAGGUCGACGCCGCUACGACGUCAAAUUGUACCAAAGCCGGUACCAGCACGAGUAUGACAACCGUUGUUAUUUACGUCACUGCUACUCCUGAUGCUCCUAACUCUGAGCCUGCAAAGCCUGUUGAUGACGCAAAAAGCCCCGAUACCUCUGCCGACAUUGCUACAAACACUACCACUACUGUUUCUGCUGUAGACAGUACCAUUGUGGCCACUGUGACUGUCACUGCUGGGGCUACAUCUGUUUCUGUCUCUGAAUCUGAGUCUGAACCAUCCGAAACAACUCUAUUUAGCGCUAGCACUGAGUCUACCACCACAGUUGUAUCCACGUCUGUAGAUGCACCAGCCUCUGAACCUACCUCUCAAUCCGCUUCCGCAUCCACAGCUCAAGAGACCGUUAGGUCUACUACAGAACCAGCAGCAAAUCUUACAACUGAGUCCAGCUCCGAGUCUACUCCCGAAUCUACUUCCGAGUCGGCCCCUGAGACAACUUCCCAGUCUACAGUCGAGAGUGCCACUGAAUCUACAAGUUCGGCAGCAGAAUCGACUACUGAGUCUAGCUCUACACCUACUUCUGAAUCGUCUACAACCAGUCAAGUUCAAGUUCCAGCUGCAACAACAUUCACUACCACGGUGACCAAGAUUAGUACUACAACUGAACGGGUAUUUACUCCUACAACGUCUAGCUCAGGAACAGAGAGCUCCAGCACGGGUAGCUCGAACGAAGAGGACGAUUCUGUGACCCCAUCCCCUGCUGAAGAAUCGGCCACUUCCACUUCAACCUCUGCUACCACAAGAAGCACCAUUGAUGCUGCUCCCGAAGACGGCGCUCCUGUGCCCGAUGACCCUAUCCCACUGAAUUGGAAAGACAGGAUGACUCGUUUCCUAUCAUGGUAG